AUGUGUGGAAAAGCCGGUAUUGUCACAGAGAUAAAAAAACGGAGUUUUUACGAGAAGCCGAGCGAGAAACGACGCAGAAUUGAGAUGAAACGGCAGCGGAAGGUGAAACCCUCGCAGAAUGACGGGUGA